AAAAUAAUGAUGAAUUUGAAAAUGUUAAAACUAAGGAUUUAUCAAAAAGUAAAAAUAAAUUAGAAAAUGUUAAAACUGAAAAUUUAUCAAAAAGUAAUGAUGAAUUUAAAAAUAUUAAAUUGAAGAUAUAUCAGAAAGUAAUAAUGAAUUUGAAAAUUAUUAAUACUUCUACUAAAGAAACUUUUAAAAUUGAUAAAGUUGAAAAUUAA